AUGGCUGAACAGGAUGCGUUCCUACACCUCACCCGCCCUCUGGGCCCUGUCGCAGUUGGCGCACAACCCACAACAGCCCCCCUGCGCGUCGUGAUACAACCGCAAGCCCUCUUCUCGAUACUAGACCACUGCAUCCGUCGCCCCCCAGACCAGCAGAGAGUCAUUGGCACCUUGCUCGGCACCCGCUCCGACGCCGAUGAAUCUCAGAUCGUCGUCCACUCCUCUUUCGCCGUCAGCCACACCGAAACCACCGACCAGGUCGAAGUGGACAUGGAAUACCAAAAGGCCAUGUUGGCCCUGCACCUCCGUGCGAGUCCCAAGGAGGUCUUGGUGGGGUGGUACGCCACCAGCUCCGAGUUGAACACCUUUUCGGCUUUGAUUCAGAACCACUACAGCAGCCAGGGCGAAGGCACGUUCCCAUACCCGGCGGUGCACAUCACCGUGUCGUGCCAGCCCGGCCAGGACAUCGAAGUGAGGACGUACAUUUCGUCGCCCGUGGGCGUGAGCCCCGAGCGCGCGGCCGAUUCCGCGGCGUUCAUUCCCAUCCCUUACACCGUCAACUACGGCGAGGCCGACCGCGCGGGUCUGGAGGCGAUCGGGUACGCCAAGGAGUCGGAGAGCAGGACGGCGACGAUCCUCACGGAGAUCGAGAGCCUCGAAAAGUCGCUGGAAGACACGCUGGGCAUGCUGGACCGGGUGGCCAAGUACGUGGAGAACGUGAUCGAGGAAGAGACCGAACCCUCAACUGCGCUGGGCCAGUUCCUCCUCAACACGCUGGCCCUGGCGCCCAAGGUCGACCCCGCCGAGAUCGAGAAGGAUUUCAAUAACCACGUUCAAGACGUCUUGACCGUGUCCUACCUGGCCAACAUGAUCCGUACGCAGAUGGACCUGUCGAACAGGCUGGCGACGUCAGCAUUGACCAUGGGUGGCGGUGAGAGUGGUUCUACGGAAAAGGAGGGUCGGGGUGAUCGCAGACAAAAUCGACAAGGUGGACAGAGGCAGAACAGGACAGAGAGUUUUUCUGUGGCGAACGUUUGA